GUGGACUAGGGCCAUAGUUUUGUCAAGACACAUUGUUUUUUUUUUUUUUUUUUGGUAAAAAUGUAAAGAUAUUAUUACCAAUUUUUCAUUUAUGACAGAAAUACAGAGAUAACAAGAAACAGAAAACGAAAAAGAAAGUCUAAACACAGACUCGAUUUAGUUACAACAGGUUAGGCAGACUCAACAACCACCAGCGCUGUCCCAAGACUCAACCCAGACCGCAUCAUCCGCUUGCCGCAAAAAGAUGAACCAAGUUCAACCGAGAGUCAGAACCCGGUAAUUUUGGCCUCCCCGGUGAUCCGCUCUUAAAAAUAAUGACCCACCUGAGAACAGCUUGCCGAGAGCUUCAAAGCACCUGCCCACAUGAACCAAGACACAUUGUUUCAUGGAUGGUUUUGUUCAAUCAUUAAGGUGAGUUCCACGUGGCUUUUUCUGAAUACUAUGUGGAAUCGACAAAAAGCAGUAUCGGGUCGAGAUAUGCAAACCCAUAGCUGUGUUAGAAUGUAAAGAUGGGUGAGAUACGCGUGCGUGCUUCUGUGUCGCACUUUUAAAGUAGAAAAAGCCAAGACUCGUACAAUGAAACUUUCAUACUUUAAUACCUGAGUUGUUGAUCUUUGUCCAUAAUAGACCAUUUUAAUUUUUUGUAUCUUCUUCCCCGUGCUUGUUAAUGCGUCACCAUUCCAUAUACUCUUUGGGAAUAAUUAAGGUGAACAAUGACUGGAUUUUACACCAAAUCAAUGAUCAUUGAGAUCACAAAUCAUGUCCUGUGAACUAUAUAUAGAUAUAUGUUCCUUUUGAUAUAGACAUCAUUCAAGUAGUUUUGGGUUUCUUUCUUGAGUUAUUAUUAUGGAGUUCGAUGAUGAAGCUGAGCACAGAAGACUUUUCAGAGUUGAGACAAAUUCCCCACAAAUAAAGGCAGUUUUCUCGCUGGAGCGAGGAGGAUCUCUUUCAGCCAAAGCAACAAAGAACACCGUGAUCCAGAGCUUCAAGAUCGUGAUUUUGUCCAAUAAACUCAAUCUUUUGUUGCCUUUUGGUCCUCUAGCAAUACUAGUCCACUACUUGACAGAUAACAAGGGAUGGUUUUUCUUACUGAGCUUAUUAGGAAUCACACCAUUAGCUGAACGUCUUGGAUAUGCUACAGAGCAAUUGGCUUGUUACACAGGUCCAACUGUUGGAGGCCUCUUAAACGCUACAUUUGGAAACGUGACAGAGCUGAUUAUAUCCAUUAUAGCUCUUAAAAAUGGAAUGAUACGCGUUGUACAACUGACGCUGCUCGGCUCCAUUCUGUCUAACAUGUUGCUCGUACUUGGCUGCUCUUUUUUCUGCGGUGGCAUUGUAUUUUCUCGCAAACAGCAAGUCUUUGACAAAGGGAAUGCGGUUUUGAAUUCGGGAAUGCUUUUGAUUGCAGUGAUGAGUCUACUCUUCCCCACACUUCUUCAUUACACGCAUAGUGAGGUUCAUGCUGCUUCAUCAGAGCUGGUUCUUUCAAGAUCAACCAGUUGCAUAAUGCUCGUUGCCUAUGCUGCUUAUCUCUUUUUCCAGUUGAAAAGCCAGCCAAGUUUUCUUACCGAGAGCGAAGAAACUUGGGAUGAUGAUGAAGUUCCUGAGAUAUCCAAGUGGGAAGCUAUCAUCUGGCUUCUAAUCUUUACGGCUUGGGUCUCUCUUCUUUCCGGUUAUCUUGUCGAUGCCAUAGAAGGUGCUUCAGUCUCAUGGAACGUACCAAUAUCGUUUAUAAGUGUCAUCUUGCUUCCUAUAGUUGGUAAUGCGGCCGAGCAUGCAGGUGCUAUUAUGUUUGCCAUGAAAGACAAGCUGGAUCUGUCCUUGGGAGUAGCUAUUGGAUCUUCAAUUCAGAUUUCUAUGUUUGCGGUUCCUUUCUGUGUGGUCAUUAGUUGGAUGAUGGGUGAACAAAUGGAUCUGAAUUUCCAGUUAUUUGAGACAGCUACACUGUUCAUAUCCGUUAUAGUUGUAGCUUUCUUUCUCCAAGAAGGGACAUCUAAUUACUUCAAAGGAUUGAUGCUGAUUCUCAGUUAUCUGAUAGUCGCGGCUAGUUUCUUUGUACACCAAGAUCCUGAUCAAGAUGAUACAUAGCCAUUGCCAAGAACACAAAUCUGGUGUGUGAACUGUGAAGCAGUUUGUAUACUAAAACUUCAAAGCCGAAUAGUAUCACCAACACAAGAUCUUACAUGCAUGAAACCAUUAAAGAUUCUGGAGUUUGUUUAUAUCAGGGAAACUGAAAGUUGUCCCUUUUACGCUUUUCGCACCUUUAAAUACUACUUUCCUUGGGGUUUAGGGUUUGUAAGCGAUCAUCAUUAAACUCGUUCUUAUUUUUAUUUUUAUUUUUAUUUUGUUAA